ACAAAUGGAGACUCACACAUUGAAAUGAGAACUUGAGUUUGAAGAAUUAAGGAAGCAAGUCUCUGGUUCGUGUACCUAUUCCCAGAGAAAUCCAGCAUCCAGAAUUGGACUUUACUGGAAAGAAGCUCUGUUCUCCAGGGAGAAACAAAUUGAGAAAUUCAAGGUUGCUCAAACAGGGUUGAGCAAGAAGCCAUGAAAUCCCUGAUUUCUGAUAACUUAGAAGAGUUCCUGAUGAGAAAGGUGGACGAGAGGCGCCGGUGCCUUUCCCAGAUAACGGAAGAGGUGCAGAAAGUCAUCCAUCGACUGACCACAGAAAUCAGCCUCCGGGAUGUUAGAUUUCAAGCUGUCCCUUAUUCUGACACAUACAACGGGAACAUUAAAAUCUUGGCCCCCAGUCAGUUUCUCAUCACAGUCCCUGUGAAGGGCCUAGCUGGGUACCGGGAGGCCCAGGAAAGGCGCUGGCGAUACUACACUCUGCAGGGCACUAGGCUUCCUUGCCCACUGCGGGAUCCAGAAGGCCUGCAACAGUGGCUGGAGGUGGAGCAGUUUGUGAAGAGCGUGUGGCAGUGGCAUGAAGCAGAUGUAAACAUUGAAGGAGAUAUUGUGCCUGCCAAGGUCCUGCAGGUGUUCCGUAAACUGGUGGAAAACGCAAUUGGCGCCUGUCACCUCUCAGAGAGGGUCAACAUGAUCUCCAACCGGAGUACAGUGUGGCUGGAGCUGGACACAGCAGGAGGUCUGGUGGAGCUGCAGCUAGUACCAGCCGUGGACAUUCCUAGCACCUGGUCAGAGAAAGCCCGCUGGCCUCGAUAUCUGAAGCAGUGGCCUUCCCCGGAUAAAGUAAAGUGCAUCAAGUCUUUUGGGUUUACCUUGCUGGCCUGUUCCAGUUACCACUGGCAGCUGAGUUUCCUACGAGCCGAGCGAGAACUGUUGGCACAGUUGGACGAUGAUGGAGGCUGCCGUCGCAAGUGCUUCCAGGCAUUGAGACAGAUGACAGAGGAGAGUUGGUGUCCCGGGCAGAGGCCGGUCCUCACGUCUCACCAUCUGCAGACCGUGCUCUUCUGGACCUGUGAGAAGUACCCUCAUGUAAAGGACUGGCAGUCCUUCGACAAGGCCUUCCUGCGGCUGGUCCGCAAGCUCCACAAAUGCGUGAAGCAGCACUUCUUGAAGCAUUACUUCGUGAGGAAGAGCAACCUUCUGCGGAAUGCCAGCUCCCAUGAACUGGAUGUGGUGGCCCAGAAACUGGCCUGUUUCCUGAAGAACCCACAGCCAAGCCCACCUUGAUUCUGCCUUGCUUGAAGUGUAAAAUUGGACCUGACAUGGCCUUAGAAUUCUCUGGAAGUGGUGCCAUGGAUUCCAGCAGUGUCCUGCCCUGUCAGAUGUGACCUUUGGAAAUGAUCCGGGGGCAUUUGAGAGGAAGAUCACAGCCCUCCAGGAAUCUCUGACCAAAAUGGUUCUGUUCU